UUUUUUUUUCUCUCUGUAAACAAAAUCCCCAUGGUUUUGUGAAGGAAAAACAAAUCAAUCAGAGGAGAAACAUACGCGCAAAAUCUUUUUGUAUUAAUGCAAUUGAGAUCCAUAAUUGUUUCCCCAUUCCUUCAGAGAUUUUGGUCUUUGUUUUUAAAUAGACAAAAACCCGAGUGAGCCAAAUUCGGCUCUCAAAUGCAUAGGAAAUUUGCACUUUUUUUUCUCGUCGCUGUUCAAGAGAAAUUCCAAGAAAGGGAGGGGAAAAAGAAAGAUAAACACUUUUCUGAUCUGGGUUUGUAUCAAAAUUCAAAUCCUUUUCCCUAAUUAUUACAAGUUUUUUUUUUUUUUACUUUUGUUUGCAGGCGAGCUUCGAUGGCGGCAGUUGUUAAACAAAAGAACAACCAAAACGAAGUUGAGUUCGCCGAGUGUGAUUGUUGCGGGUUAACGGAGGAGUGCACGCCGUCUUACAUUGCGCGCGUGCGUGAAAAGUUCGAAGGGAAUUGGCUUUGCGGCCUAUGUUCGGAGGCGGUUAAAUACGAAACGAUGAGGUCGGCACCGGAGACUGUAAUUACAACGAACGAAGCAUUAGUUCGACGCACGAAAUUCUGUGAGCAGUUCAAGUCAUCGAGCCCGCCGGAAAAUCCUGCUGGGAAUUUGAUCACUGCAAUGAAGCAUCUGCUUUUUAGAAGUUUGGAUUCUCCUAGGAAGAACAAAGGAUCCAACGCUUGGAGAAGUUAAAAACAACGGAGAUUUUAAGGUUAUCCAUACAAGGAAUAAGUUGAAGUAAAUAUUGGGGUUUGAAUAUGUUCAACUUGGAUAACUUAAACUUCUUUAGGCUUAUUUAAUUGUAGAAAUUGUUGUUGAGAUUCGAACUUAAAAUCAAAUGAUAAAAACGAUGAUUAAUAGUUAAAUUUCACUUGUGCUGAUAACAUCUUUGAAAAUAUUU